AUGCUUACCUUACCAGCCCUUACCAGCGACAUUGGCGUUGCCGUCAACACCAAUGUACAAAAGACCGCACCUGUGCGUCGUCCCGUGGAGCCAGUUGGCCGUAAUUUCAUGCACCAUGCUCAGAGAACAUUAAGAAACCACACCUGGUCUGAGUUUGAAAGAAUUCAGGCCAGCAAAAACGUCCAGCGUGUAGAAGAGGCGGUCGAUCCAGACGAGGCGUUAUUUGAUGACGAACUUGCGGAUGAGUCGUUGCUGGAGCACGACCCAAGAGACUGGAAAACCGCCGAUUUGUACGCAGCUAUGGGUCUGUCCAAGCUACGCCACAGAGCUACUGAUGCCCAAGUCAUAAAGGCCCACAGAAAGAUGGUUUUGAAACAUCACCCUGACAAGAAAUCUGCCUCCGGUGGAUUGGAACAGGAUGGCUUUUUCAAGAUCAUUCAAAAGGCAUUUGAAACCUUAACCGACUCCAACAAGAGAGCUCAGUACGACUCGUGCGAUUACAACGCCGACGUUGCUCCUCCUAAGAAGGGUGCAAAGUACGACUUCUUCGAAGCUUGGGGACCAGUUUUCGACUCUGAGGCUCGUUUCUCCAAGAAGCAGCCAGUACCAAGCUUGGGUGGUCCAGACGCCUCCCAAGCUGAUGUCGAGAGGUUUUACAACUUCUGGCACAGAUUUGACUCCUGGAGAACUUUCGAGUUUGACGACGAAGAGGUUCCUGAUGAUUCUUCCAACAGAGACCACAAGCGUUACAUUGAAAGAAAGAACAAGGCCGCCAGAGACAAGAAGAAGACUGCUGACAAUGCUCGUCUUGCCAAAUUGGUCGAAAGAGUCGGCAGUGAAGAUCCUCGUAUCAAACAGUUCAAGGAAGCUGAGAAGAAGGAGAAAGAGAGAAAGAAAUGGGAGAGAGAGGCAGGUUCCCGUGCCGAAGCCGAAGCUAAGGUCAAGGCUGAAGCUGAGGCUAAGGCUAAGGCCGAAUCUGAAGCCUCUCUUGCUGCGAAUGCAAAGGUCGAUAAGAAAAAGGCCAAGGAAGCUGCCAAGGCCGCCAAAAAGAAAAAUAAGAGAGCCGUUCGUGGUUCUGCUCAAGCUGCUGACUACUUUGGGGAUGCCGACAAGGCCGCUACCAUUGACGAGCAAGUUGGCUUGAUUGUGGAUACCGUAGACGAUGAACAACUGGUUGAGCUUGCCGAAAAGAUCAAGGGUGACGUCAAAGCUGCUUUGGCCGAAUAUGCUCAGAAACUGAUCGAUUCCAAGAAGUUGCCAGCUUCGCUCUUGUCCUAUUUCGCCUAG